AUGACGAAUAAGCCAUCACUCUCAGAUGAUUUUCUUGCUCACCACGUCCCAAACACUUCUCAAACUGGCACCAUAACUGGAGUUGCGGUGCAUGAAGGAGAUUGGGAAACUGAGGGAUCUAUUAAGAUUUGGAGUUAUGCAGUAAAGGGCGAAGUGAGAAUAUUCAAAGAGAAGGUGGAGUUAGACGAGGUGAACAAGGUCAGAAUUUUGAAUGGGUUGGAAGGAGAUGUGUUUCAGUAUUACAAGCGCUUCAAGCCCAUCUAUCAGUUCACUCGAAAGGAUGAGGGCAGCAGCAUUGCCAAAGUGUCCAUUGAAUUUGAAAAAUUGAGUGAGGGGGUUGCAGCUCCAGAUAAGUACAUUCUCUUGAUGACUAACAUCGUCAAGGAUCUUGAUGCCCACUUCAUCAAGGUCUAAAGGGAAGUAAUUAGCAUGCAAUGUUAGAAAAUAAACAUGCCUUUAAUUAGUUGUUAUUUGGUGUUUAAUUAGAAGGUUAAUGUGUGAGUUACAUGCAUGAGUUAGUGGAUGUAAUGCAUGAAAUAAUGGGUAUUUCCAUUAUGUAAGUUAGUAGUCAAUUAGGGUGUAGUGGGUGAUUAUGAUAGA